AUGGGUUCCAUCGACCACCUCCCACCCUUCAGAAUCAGUCAAGCCCGUCUCGCAGAGUUAUUACACGAUAGCUGCCAAUUUGGUGCUGCGCAUCGCUAUGGAAAAGCCACCACAGAAACUGGCAUGGCCCGUCUGAGUCUCGAUGACUCCGAUAAACAAGUCAGGGACUGGUUCAUGACCUAUGCCAAGUCACUCAAAUGCAAGACUUUCGUCGAUCAAAUGGGAAAUCUAUUUGCAAUUCGACCGGGAAAGAACAACGACCUACCCCCUGUCAUGAUGGGGUCUCAUCUGGAUACACAACCCACUGGUGGUCGAUAUGACGGCAUUCUGGGUGUCAUCUCAGGUCUUGAGGUCCUCCGAACGCUAAAUGACAAUAAUUUCGAAACAGAGGGCCCAAUUGGCGUGGUCAACUGGACUAAUGAGGAGGGCGCUCGUUUUCCCAAAAUGGCUGUUUCCUCAGGUGUAUGGGCCGACGCAAUUCCUCUAGAAACCGCCUGGGAUCUCAAAGAGGUCCUAGCCGCCAACCCAAAGUCCAUGAAAGAAGAACUCGACCGCAUUGGUUACUGCGGAGAGCAUCCAGCUUCAUAUCUAUCGAAUCCCUUCGCCGCGCAUUUUGAGCUGCACAUCGAGCAGGGACCCAUCCUGGAAGACGAGGGAUUGAAGAUUGGUGUAGUCCAUGGUGUGCAGGCCUUUAAAUGGUUCAACAUGACUGUGAAAGGUCGAGACAGCCACGCUGGUACAACGCCUCUAUACGCACGCAAAGACCCUGUCUUGUGUGCUACCAAGAUGAUCGUCGCUGCAAACACAAUCGCCAAAAAGUUCGAGGGCUUGGCAACUACCGGCAUUUUCACCACCGACCCCGGCACCGUCAACACAAUGGCCCAUACCGUCACGUUUACCCUCGACGUGCGCCAUACCAAGGAUCAGAUCUUGGCAAAGAUGGUGCAGGAGUGUGAAGAAGAGUUCCUACGCAUAUCCCGAGACGACAGUGAGAAAGGCUGUGAAGUUGACUGGGAACUCCUCGUGGACAGUCCCGCAGUCAGUUUCAGCGAAGAGUGCAUCUCGGUAGUUGAAGCAAGUGCUGCAGAUGUAUGUGCAACUCUACCCCAGAACUCUGCAGGUAAACUCUGGAGACCAAUGAUCAGCGGAGCGGGCCAUGACAGCUGCUACACCAACCGAAGGUGCCCUACGAGUAUGAUCUUUACACCAACACGGUCGGGAAUCAGUCAUAACCCCACUGAGCAUUGCUCACCCGAGGAUUGUGCGCUAGGUGCAAGUGUUCUGCUUGGAGCUGUGUUGCGGUAUGAUAAGAUACGGGCAAGUCGGGAUUAG